CACGAUUCGUUUCAAUAUGGCGGCCAACAGUUGAAAAGCAUUCCCCAAGUACGGACUUGUCGAGUUGUAACACGUGAAUUAUCAAUAGAAUAAAGCAUCCAAAAUUAUUUCAAAAUGAAUAUGUCAGUGGAGAAGCGAAAAUAUCCAUCGGCUCUGCCGACAAAUUGGCCCACGAGGGAUGAGAGCACCAGGAAAGCACAAAAUCAACUCUCGUCAUUGUCCAACUCUGGUAAAAUUGACGUUUACUACUACAGUCGAGGUGUGAGAAAUGAUACGUCAUUGGUACCCCCAAUAAGACAGACUGCUUCGAUAUUCAAACAACCAGUGACAAUUUACAAAACUCAGGAGGGAAAAGUAAAGGAUAUUAAGCAUGGCAGCCAAGAAAAGCCGAAACAGGAUGGGGCCGAUAAAACUGACAGCAAGUAUGGCUCCCAAGAUAAGCCUAAACAGUUAUUUUGGGAGAAGAGACUGGAGGGAUUGAGGGCUUGUGAUCCAGAUGGUUACGAAUUCGAUGGCAUGGAUUUGCCGAAGACAUUAAAGCCAGUUGGACCUUAUAUCACAGAGGAAACGCUACUCCAAAGUGUUGCCACAGCCCUCCACGUUUCCUUACAGCCCGUGACGGGUCAAACGGGGGCUAAGUCCGCGUUAGAAAAAAAUCCAGGAGUAUUUCUCAAUCCAGAGCAACCCCUCGUGCAGGCUGUCGCGAUAGCUGAUGACGAUAUUAAGAGGCAAGAAGAUCGAGUUGCACUGGCAAGGAUAAAACUUAAAGAAGCCUUACGUACAUAAAUUCGGCUAAUAAACUAGAUAUAUUUCAUCCAUCAUUUUCUUCAUCAACAAUUUUCAUACCUAAAUUAAUUUUCACACGAAACAAACACAAAUCAAAUAAAACAAUUGUUGUAUACCCAAAA